AGCUGUGCAAUAUUUAUCCAGCUUCAAGAAAGGGGUGCUGAGAUAAUUUCGGCAUUGGAUCACUGGUACAGAAUUAUAGGAACUACCGGUUGAGAAUGGCUAAAAUUGAAAAAUUCUUUUUGUUUUCCGUCGUUUUAUUGUUCAUUUAUGAAUACGGUGAUUGUUACAAUGUGCAAACUGUGGCUUUUCCGAAAGAAAAACCAUCCUGGCUGAAGGUGUGUAGGAGAAGUGAUCCCCAUUUGAACCAGUGUAUGUCGGAAGUGUUUCAAAAUAUGUUUCCCUACCUUGCUGAUGGAAUACCAGAGUUGAAUAUCGAGCGAUUCGAACCUCUGAGGUUGGACAAGGUAUCAAUCAGCAAAGGACAUGGACCCAUUAUUCUAACUGGAAGUCUCUUUGAUAUGGAAAUUCGUGGACCAUCAAAUUCCACUCCGACUUACACCGAAUUGGAUCUCCAAAACAAAACAUGGAAUUUUGGUAUAAAUAUGCCUUUGUUGGACAUCAAAUCUCGAUACAAUCUAAAAGGUCACAUAUUGGUUUUACCUUUGGUAGGAAACGGUAAUUGCGAUCUCAAACUUUAUGAUGUGAAGUCUCGAAUAUUCACAAAUAUCAGUAUGCCGAUGAGAAAUGGCAGAGAAAUAAUUAAUGUGGACCAAAUGAAAGUGGAAUUCAGUGUCUCUAACAUGAAAACAAGACUGUAUAAUCUCUUCAAUGGUAACAAAGUAUUGGGAGAAACAGUGAAUAAUUUCAUCAACAAGAAUGCACUGGAGAUCAUUCAAGAAUUAGAGGAGAGCCUCAACGAAAGUAUGUCGGAAAUAUUCAUUCAUCUAUUGAACAAUAUAUUCAAUAAGUUACCAACUGAUUUCUGGCUUCUGACAGACCAGCAAUACGCUGAAUACGAGCAGAAAUUGAAGACUGGCAAUAAUACUUCUUGAUCAAAGGCCUGGAUUCAGAUGAACCAAGAAGUGCAAAUUAUUUAGAUGUAUCAUGUACGAUUGUAUCUGUGAUUUAUUUUAUGAUAAUAUUGAAAUUUUUUAUUGAAUCGAUAUGUGUGAAAUUUUAAUGAUCGAAUAUAAGGACGUAAUUAAAUAUUUCAUGAAAAUCA